ACUUCAUCUCUAAUUAUAAGUUUAUAACCCCCCACCCCCACACACCCCAGCCCCAUGGACCUAUUCUCCCUCCUCUUCCUCUCCCUCUCCCUCCUCUCUCUCUCCAUCUACCUCCUCUUCCUCCGCCUAAACCCCAACCAACCCAAAAUCACCGGCUUCAAAUCCUACCCGCUACUCGGCACCCUACCCGAAUUCCUCAAAAACCGCCACCGCUUCCUCGACUGGACCACCGGGGUCCUCUCCGCCACCCCCUCCAACACCGCCGUCUUCCGCCGCCCCGGCAAAGUCCACGGCAUUAUAACGGCGAACCCGGCCAACGUGGAACACGUCCUCAAGACCAACUUCGAGAACUACCCGAAAGGCACCAAGUUCAUUUCCCUUCUAGAAGACUUCCUCGGCCGCGGCAUCUUCAACUCCGACGGCGACCUCUGGCGGGUCCAGCGCAAGACCGCCAGCUACGAGUUCAACACCAAGUCCCUCCGGAACUUCGUCAUCGACACCGCCACGGUCGAGAUACGGACCCGGUUGGUUCCGAUUCUGGAAAAGGUGGCAGAAUCGGGCCGGGUCCUGGACGUGCAGGACGUGUUGGAGCGGUUCGCGUUUGAUAAUAUAUGUAAGGUGGCGUUCAAUGUGGACCCGGGGUGUCUUGGCGGUGAUGGUACUGCUGGCGGUGAGUUCAUGCGGGCGUUUGAGGAGGCGGCCAAGCUCAGCUCUGGAAGGUUCAUGUACGCAUUCCACCAAUUGUACAAAAUAAAGAAGUAUUUCAACAUGGGUUCAGAGCGCAAACUCAUGAAAUCGAUAGCAACAGUUCACGAAUUCGCAGAUAAAAUCAUCAAGUCGAGAAUGGAAGAGAAAUCCGAAAACAAAGAUGAAGAUUUGCUCUCCCGGUUUAUCGGGACAGACAAGAUGUCGAUGGAGCUCCUCCGAGAUGUCGUCAUAAGCUUCAUUCUAGCCGGGCGCGACACGACGUCGUCUGCUCUCACCUGGUUCUUUUGGGUACUAGCUUCCAACCCAGAAGUGGAGAAGAAAAUCCUCAACGAGCUCGAAACGAUUAGAAACUGCAACGCGAAAUGUAUCGGCGAUACGUACAGCUUCGACGAGCUACGAGAGAUGCAUUAUCUCCAUGCGGCGAUAUCGGAGGCGAUGCGGCUUUACCCGCCGGUGCCUAUGGACACAAAGGCUUGCCUGGACGAUGACGUCAUGCCGGAUGGGACUUUCGUGUUGAAAGAUUGGUUCGUGACGUACCAUACAUACGCAAUGGGGAGAAUGGAGAGUAUUUGGGGGAGUGAUUGUUGUGAGUAUAAGCCAGACCGGUGGUUGGAAAACGGGACCGGAUUUUGCAGGCAAGAGAGCCCGUUUCAGUUUCCGGUUUUCCACGCGGGUCCGAGGAUGUGUCUGGGGAAGGACAUGGCGUAUAAUCAGAUGAAGUCAAUUGCAGCGUCGGUGAUGGAGAGGUUUGAGUUCGAUGUACAGGGUGACAAGGAGACGAGUCCAGAGCAUUUGUUGUCUUUGACUCUUCGGAUGAAAGGGGGGUUGCCUGUGAAGGUAAGGGAAAGAUGUAUUGGUUAAUUAAGUUUUGAGUAGUACUAAUGUAGAAGUGUUUGAUUAUUACAGGGCUGGAUUAAUGUAGUCUAUGGGUUGAGGAGGCGGCCUAGCCCCUCCAGUCUAUUAGUUUAUUGGUAGUUAGUUAGUAGUAUUUGCUUGUGUAUGCCUGUGUACCGAAGCCCAAUUUUCAAUCGAGCUGCCUAGAAAAUUGAGGAAAAUUUAAGUGGUAGUUUCUUUUUUCGAA